UUCAUCUAGCGCACUAGUAAGAAAUAACUUUCAAAGAUGGCGGAAGGAGAGUGUGACGCUGUGCGCGACGAACAACGUCCUGAACCCACUUCGUCCGACGACGCGACUUCUCAAGUCCCUUACACUGCCGAUUUGAAAGAUGAAGCCGCAACGCAGAAGGUCAAAACAAAAAAGAAGAAAAAAGUUCCGGGCGUCGUCUACUUGAGCUACAUCCCGCCCAAGAUGAACGUCAAGACCGUGCGGAGCAUGCUGUCAAAGUACGGCGAACUGGGGCGCAUAUUCCUGCAGCCGGAGAAAGAGCACGGCAAGCCACGAAACUUCGUCGAAGGCUGGGUCGAGUUCGCGGACAAGAAAGUGGCGAAACGCGUCGCCGCCACCUUGAACGGCGUCCAGGUAGGUGGCAAACGUCGUGCCGAGUAUUAUCACAGUCUGUGGAGCAUCAAGUACCUGCACCGGUUCCGGUGGACGCACCUGAACGAGCGGCUGGCGUACGAGAAGGCCGUGAGAGACCAGCGACUGCGCACCGAGAUCGCGCAGGCCAAGCGAGAGUCCAACUUCUACAUAUCGGCCGUUCAGAAGAGCAAGCGCCUACGGCGCGAAGCCAAGGAAGGUGUGGCGGACGAUGCCAGCUUACGACGGUCCAUCGACGUCAGGCAGCGCGCUACCGACGAAGAGAUCGUCGCCAAGAGGGCGAAAAAGGAUGCGGAUGAAACUGCGAAGCCCUCCGCCGACCUGAGCCUGCUGAAAAACAUUUUUGUGAGUGGUGUCGGCUUGGACGAUUCAGGUGACGAGCUUGAGACGUGACUGUU